AUCAUCUGCCAGAUUUUCCACGUUUGAUGGCGGCGUCUUCGUGUUCCUUUCUAUCAGUGUAGUAGACCUAAUCUCCUGCUGGAUCUGAAAUCGAAGUGCAAUGGGUUGUCCCUCACAGCAGCUGACCUGAUCAACCCAGCCUCCUCCUACCUAUGAAAAUCUUGAAUCGAACACGCACAAGGCUUGGUAGACGCAUACUUCGUAGUUACAGUACUGAAGAGAUCGCUUCUUCGCCUCGAUCUCUUGUCACUUGGCACUGAGCAUUGUGUAAGCUGUGUCACGGUGUCGUUGCGGCGACUCCUAGCACUCAUCGACCAUGAUGCUACAACUUGAUGGAAAUUAUAGCCUCCUCUUGGUUCUUCCUAGGCUUGAGCAGACUCGCACAAGACAUGGCCCUAAGCUGGUUGAUUGGAAGAACUGUAAUAGUUACAGUAUGCCUGCUUGCUCUCGCGGCCGGCUUGUUGAGGCACCGGCCCGGGCAGGAUUUGCAAAACUCCAACUCAGCCAUCACGCUAUCUGAAACCCGAGCUAACGUUAAGAAGAGCACAACACAUGAUGCGUGUCUUGGUCACCAGAUAGACAGGCAUCCACAUUUCAAAUCGAGACAAAUGUCCAGAGGAAAAAGAAACGGAUGGUUGCGGACACCUUCGGCACUGCAGCCGAUCCGGGCGCCAAAUGGGGGCCCAUCUCCACACACUCGUGACAAGGGGUGCGGACCGGCCGGACAUGGGCAUGGUGCGGCCGUCCGUCGGCAAUCGCCAGGCUUGCCGCUGGUGGAACACUACGCUAUCUUCCGCAGUGUUCGCGACGGAGACUUGCGGAAACUGCGUCAGAUGGCGGGCUCCAGCACCGCAUUGGACAUCCUUUCUAGCAUGAAUGUCUCUGAGGGUGCGAGCCUGAUCUCUCACAACAGCUCCGGCAGGCGAGGAGGCAGGAAGCUACGCAGGUGGGAUGAUGGUGCCACCACUUGACCACUUUGAUACGCCUCGUCAUCGGAGGCCAAAGUCGUACUGAAUUGCGGCAGAUCUGCUCCGCGAGGGUGAAAGUGAUGGCGAAGUGCCAUGUGUGUACGAACUUGGCGCAUUAUCCCAACUUUCCACACGACCGCCUGGAAGUUGAAACAUGUGUUCGACAUGUAAAUUGUGUUGAAGGCGGCCUGGAGUUUUCCAGAGCACGCCCCAUUGCUCGACGACAGGUCAAUUC